UCGACGAGUGGCGAGUGGAACAAGGAGAGGGCGACGAGGACGAGCGUCGAGAGUCGAACGGAGACGGGGCGGCCGUGGUGGAGGGGAUGUUCUUGCGGAAAGGAACGAGGGGCUCGGGGAGUGGAGACGAGAACAGAUAGAGCGCGAGCGGGAGAGAGAGAGAGCGAGAGGUAUCGCCAGAUCCGCGCGCGGCAUGAACGUCCAGUGGCAUGUCUCAAACACUCGGCAUGUUCGAAAGCUGACGCGAGGUGGUAGUAUCGUCGGAAACGAGAAAAUCGUCCGUCGCGUAUUUAUCGCGAGAAACCUGGUGUACAUAAUAUUCCGCGCCAAGGCGCGGAUUAUUCCCGGCCUGUAUCGCGAAGGUGCGAUCCUCCUUGACCGUCUCGACGAGAUUGCGCGGGGCGAUCCACCGCUGGCGGUAUCGUCGUCCGCGUAACGCGAAAUUAAGCCGGAACGGGAGUUUGGAAAAGAAAAAGGAAAAAAAACAAACGGUAGAUUGUCCUCUCGCACGCGCCGAGAGAGGGCGUCGAGUUCCCACAUUCCUGCGUGCGAAAAACGUCAAGAUCCGCUGCUCGGCAUUAGCAUUACAGUCGCGGCUAAUGCAACGAGGAAAAGGGAACACGGUGAAACGUGCUCCGCCGCCGUACGAAGCCGGCGAUAGCGCGCGUCGCUUAAAACGGGUCGCGGGCCGUUCCGCCGCCACCGCCACCGCCACCGUCGCCGCCGCCGCCGCCGCCACGAGAGACACGACGUCGUCGCUGUAGCGUCCGGCACGGCACGCAGGGAGAUUGCACGGAACGGUGCGCGGCAACGUUCACGCGGGUCAAAUCGCGCGCGCGGUCGCGAGCGAUCGUCGAACGUCAAUUCGCGGACGAUUCCGACAGUGGGGUCGAGCUCCCGUCAGUUUGAAACUCGAGCGCGCCAAGUGUGUAUGUACGUCGUCGGCGAACAUCUCGAGGUGACACUCGGCGAGGGAGCGCGAUUCGCGGGGGGUGAAAGUUGUGCGAAUCGAGGACGCGACCGAGGAGGUUAAGCGACGAGAGUGCGCGACGAGAAUCUCGGGGUGUUUCGUUUUUCUCCUUAUCGUUCGUCCUCUCUGUGGUGAGAAUCUCGAAUCGAGAAGGAGCGAGUGUCGAAUGCGAGCGAGAUUACUCGAGUGUGCGCGAGUGCGAAAGGAAGAAGCGGCAAAGAGGAAGCGGGAAGAGGAAGGCCACUCGGGCCACCACCUUGGGAAGGUGGUGCGGCGAUGAUACGCCAAGUGCACCCGAUCGAUGCACCCGUGCGAACGCAACACGACGACACUGUCACCGUCGCUCGCCGCCCGCCGCCUCGGGCCGCCGCCGCUUCUCGACGGCCAGCUAUGUUAACGGUGGAAUUCCGCUCGAGAGGAAUCUGAAGGCGGGGACUCUGACGUCAUUUCGCUUAUGAUAAUGAGGUAUUCAUGAUGGCGGAGUAGCGAACGAGAAUCAGAGAAAGAGAGAGAGAGAGAGAGCGAAAGAGUUGGCGCACACACACAUAUACGCCCCUGGUCGCGUUACGCUCGGUGUGCGUGUGUCCGCGCGCGCGCGCGCGAAACGUUUCGUCUCCGUCUUCGUCGCUUCCCCGCCGCCUCUCUCGCUCGCUCCUUUCCCCCCUUCCACCUGUCCGCCAUCCGACCGGGCUCUUCUCUCUCGCGUUUCGCGUUUCUCCGUCUCUAUCCCUUUCGCGCCUUCCUCGCCUCCCUUCUCUCCCCUAUUCUCACGUUGGCCGAGCGAGCGAGGUGUAUAUGCGGCUCGAGAAGCGGGUGCCCGCGCGCACAGAUAUGCGCCCGUCGAUCGCACGGCGAUAGAGAGAGAGCUUUUGGAUGGAUUUAGAGCGCAGUGAAAUAUGCCAAGGAGACGGAAUGGGGAGAUACCGCUUCCGGAAGGAUGGGACGUCGCCCAGGACUUCGAUGGAAAGGUGUAUUUCAUCGAUCACAACACGCGAAAAACUACGUGGAUCGAUCCCCGGGAUAGGUUUACUAAACCCCAAACGUUCGCGGAUUGUAUCGGAAACGAACUUCCCCUCGGUUGGGAGGAGGCCUACGAUAAACACGUGGGUGCCUACUACAUCAAUCAUGUCAAUCAGACAACGCAAUUGGAAGAUCCAAGACAGGAAUGGCGGGCGAUACAGGAGGCCAUGCUUCGCGACUAUUUGCAGACCGCACAGGACGUACUCGAGGCGAAGAAGGAGAUCUAUGACGUAAAACAGCAAAGGCUCUGUCUGGCGCAGGAUGAGUACAAUCAUCUUAACAAUGCCCUGACUACCCUUGGCGCAUCGCGUACAAGUUUAUGUUCCAGCUCGAGUUCCUUGAGUACCAAAUACGACCCUGACCUGCUCAAGUCCGACGUGGCACUCGCCAGGAGCCGAGUUUCUCGAUUAAAACGAGAACUCGAGCAGAUUCGAGCGGAGAUGAACUGCACGCAACGAGGAGUGGAUACUCUCGCCAGUGUGGAGCAAAAAUUGAGCGGCCAUCAUGGAUGCUACAAUAUCAUGGAAGCACAAGCCAUCAUGACCGAACUCCGUAAUAUCCAAAAGUCCUUGAGUUCCGGAGAGAAAGAGAAGGCCGAACUGAUGCAGUCGCUGGCGCAACUCAAAGACGAAUUGACAAGGCUGCAAUUGUGUGAGGGUAGUCCGGAAGCUAGCACGCUCAGUUUGCCGCAAGAAAAACUUAGCACGGCUUCUCAGACUGAUCUCUCGGGUGAAUUGGUACCGAUCGGGACCCGAUUGGCCGAAAUGGCGCGCAUAAGAUUGCAAUACGAUGAGGCGAGAAAGCGAAUUCAACACAUUCAACAACAGUUGGCAGAUCUCGAAGAGAAGGUGACGCCGGGUCAAACCGAGAGCGAUAAGGAUAAGCUACUGCUAUUCCAGGAGAAGGAGCAGCUGCUGCGAGAACUGCGGAGUAUCACACCGCGCACGAGAACGCAACAGGAUAUGAAGAAAAUCCAAUGUGAGAUUCGUAGGCUCGAGCAGGAUCUUAAUACUGCUUUUGAACUAUCGAACAAAACCAUCACCGAUCGCGUACGGCUCCACGAGGAGAAGCAGUUGUUGUUGCAACAACUCAGGGACGCUCUGCGAUCGAUGGCAAUGCUAGAGAGCCAGCUAAAAACAUUGAGCGCUAGCACGUUAUCGGUGAGCAGCAGCUCUAGCCUCGGUAGUCUCAGCACGACUAGCAGCAAAGGUUCCCUCAGCUCCGGGCUUAGCUUCACGGACAUUUACGGCGGUCCACAGUGUCUGGGUUCUGUCGGCUCGCAACAAGAACGACCGGUCGACAUGGUGGAUCUGCACAGACGCGUCGAGAGAUUGUUGCGCGGAUCCGAACAAAACAAUCUCGUUGGCACGCCUUCGCCUGGUAGAUCUCAGCCCAGUCUCUCACCGAGAUCGAGUCUGUCGAGUGUAAGUCCGCCGGUGUCACCGUUAUACGAGAAUGCACCGAUGGGUCCACCGCCUACCUACGAACAAGUCGAAUUGCAGAGGAGGCAGCAUCAAAGAGUAGCGCCCGUGGCAAUGACAACGGCAGCAGUGACGGCUAGUGGCGGUGCAACCGCUGCGUCGCAUCUCGACGGGAAUCAACUGGAAGAUCGUUUGACAGAACUCAGAUUCAGUCAGCAGCAGGGAGUACCGCAACAGCAGGAGCAAUCGUGCUCUUCCAAUUCGCAGGAUCGCCUAAAGCUUGUGGUUGGUCCGCAUCCGCCCAUCGAAUUGCAGUCGUGCAACAUGUCGCAGGGCAGUGGUCUAGGCAGGCCUGGCGCGUGUAGUGUGCAGUUGCUACAGCUGCAGCAAGCGCCACCACCACCACCUCAAGAGCCGCCCCCGUUGUCGCCGAUCAGCGAGACACCGCCGCCGACUGGGAUUAGGUCAAGGGCCAGCAGUUCUGGCACCAAUACUAGAUCCGUUUCCGCUGCGGUUUCCGACGAGAGCGUCGCCGGCGACUCGGGUGUUUUCGAGGCUUCCAAUCGGAAAAGAUUGUCCGGGCUCAUCUCCGAUGUGGACCCAUUGGCUUCUGGCGAGAUGAGCUUGGAAACGGCGCAGGUGCAGAUCAAAUUGAGGUAUUCGGUGAGCGAUGGAUUGCUUCAUGUUGGCAUCGAACGCGCGAGAAAUCUAGCCGCGCUUUUCAUACCCAAUAAUGCACAAGUAUAUAUCAAAGUCGCUUUGUUACCGAUGCAACUGCCCCUCAGUCACAUGUGUUGCACAAAAUCCGUCAUAGAUUUGCGAAAACCGACCUUUGGAGAGACAUUUCCGAUCGCCGUACCGCUCAACAAAUUGUACACAAAGACUCUGCAAGUGACACUUUGGUGCACCGAGGCCGAAAAAUGCUUGGGUUCUGCACAAGUCUCGCUAGCAGACUUCAGUCCAGAAUCUCCUAGCGUGAAAUGGUACAAUAUACUCUCCUUCCGCUUCAUGCAACCGUCCGACACCAGUCCUAGUACUAGCACCAGUAAUAGCGCUUCUACGAGUGUCAUGAGGCAAACGAAACACGACAAACAGGAAUCAGACAUCUCAAUGUAUAGAAGCGCACAAAAUACAAAAGAAGAGAGUAGUGACGAAAGUACAAUAAUCAGUUCUCAGACAUCUACCUUGACGAGGAAUCAAGGCUGUGACGAGUUACAAACAGCCGUAACGCUGAGACUCGAAGAGCUCGCCAAUUGUUUGGGUAGUCCAGAAGAAGAAGAUGAAGACGGCGGUGGUAGCGAAAGCGGAAGUGAGGGCAGCGACGAAGAGGGUAUCGUUGUAGAAUUUAUAAUGGAGGACAAUAUUUUGGAGGAUGUUUUGGAGCACGAGGAAGAGGAAGAACUGAAUGAGGAAACGUUGAAGCAAACGCAAGAUAAGGAAACAAACACCGAAUGCGUAUUCAUUCCGGAGCAAGGCAAGCAAAGAAAACUCUCCGCGGCUGGCGUCGUGCCUGGCGCUAUUCACGACGACAAAAACUCCAUUGUAAUCAAGAGGAGCCAGACAUUUUCACCGAGCGCGGCCGUUAGCAAAAAUCAUUACAUCUGUCGACUUAAUCGUAGCGACAGCGAUAGCAGUAUGCCGCUUUAUCGCAGAGGCGGACCUUUCCAACGAAAUUCAGUGGAGAGACGUUCCCUACGGUGGCGUCGACCAUCCUCCGCUCUCAGUUACAAAACCACGAAGAAAUCGUCUUAUUUGCCGCCCACAAUGAGAACGUCAUUGGAUCUUGAAUUGGAUCUCCAGGCGCAGCACGCUAGACUGAAUAAUCUCCAAGAUGAGCUUAGUAGGUUACGGGAACUGAAGCAGCGAUUGGAACAAGCACGCGAGAAAGGUGAUACUGAUCUGGCAACGUGGCUAUUGGAAGAUCAAAAAUUCCAAAAUCUUAUGGUACAGGCCGAAAAUGGCAAAAAUGGUAAAAAUGCCGAAGAGAAGAAAGUGGAGAAGAUGAUGAAGAAAACAUCGAAAGAGAUUUAUAAAUUGAGGAAAACGAAAGCUGGGAAGGGAAAGCCCGACAUCAUCUCUUUCAAGGAAAAGAUGGCCUUUUUCACGCGAGUGAAUUUGAACGUUCCUAUUUUGCCACCCGAGGACCUCGGAAGCGAUAAUACAUGUCCUACGGCAUCGCACACGCAUAGAAGAUACGCGUCAGAGCCCGUUACCAGCGCUCACGGUAUUAUAAAUUCAACGAUGCGGCCAAACAGCAUUCCCAGCGCAAGCGUAACAUCCGCCGCGAGAAGUAGCAGCGGCGUCGCAGAUCGGAAUGCGAGCGGAAUUAUCAUCACGAACGUUAAUGAGGAUGAAAUCCCAGUGAUGAAAAAUACCGAUAAGCCUGUAAACGCUAAAGGUCGGCCAGCGACGGAAUCGAGCGCGCAAAAUUCAGAAAACGGCGAAAGCGAGGCUCCAUCUAAAUCCUCCGAGAAAAACGAAGGCAACGAGGAGCCGGCAAAGAGAUACGAAUACGUCGUUGACAGGGUUCUCGGUGUAGAGGUGUAAGAAAAACCGAAAAAAAUUGUGCGAAGAAUAUUUUAGGCUUCUACGCGAAUCGCAAUUUAAUCGCGUCACCGUAAAUCUGCCUUUUUCAAUUUCAAGCAGCAAGGAUAAGAAAAGAACAGAGUUGAAUCACGGAAAUCGUUGCUCCUUGAAUCCUAUUCUGAAUCUUAGGUGCCAUGUGCAGAUUGCAAGGACGCGCGCGUUGAAGGAAUAAAAGACAUAAAUGUCAUCGAAUGUGCUGCUGUAGCUGAUACGGUCAGUCGUAAUGGCUAUAUUCGCAACGCGUGUGCCAAUGCCGCUUACUAGAAACAGCCUUUCGAUAGAUAUGCGGUAGCGAGAUUUGCGCGCAAACGCGCAAGCGCGAUGUGUAUAUACGAAAACGUAAAUUAUUUAAACGGUACUCCAUACACGAUAGGUUAUUUAAUUGUUAAUUACGCGACUCCAUGUCCGAGUCCGUGUCGCGACCGCAAUAUAAUUGCGUAUUAUAUUAUUGUUCGUUUCCUUUGUGCGUCGACCCAAUACAUGACCCACCGAGCAGCUGGUCUGCGACUCAAAAGUUUAACAAGAAAAGGCUGCAUCUAGAUUGGCUGGUGAAUUUUGUUCCGAUCUCGGUAAUGCCGUUUUCAACAAUAGCAUUCAGUUUCCUGACUUCAAAAGAGCUCUUCAUCCAGUGGAAAUGUAUCCAAGUAUCCUUUACACACUUAUCGAUUUUAAAGACACGAAUCGAUAAAUAACGUGCCUUAUCAUCGAAUUCGUCGCGCGGGAAAUACUGUGACGAUUCUGAUAUAAAUUAUCGUGGUACAAUUAAUUAACGGUAAUUCCUCAUAUAAGAAGAAAAAAUAAGUAAAAAUAAAUGUAAAAUAUAAUUUCUUUUU